GUCUCUUUCCCUCUCUCUGUCUCCCUCCCUCUCUCUUUCCCACUCUGUCUCCCUCCCUGUGUGUGUGUGUGUGUGUGCGUCUGCAAAAAUUGGACAUGCCUGCAAUCCCUCCUCUUCACUCCUCUCUAGGUCUGCAUGCGCAUGUUGCUACUGAAGGUUGCAUGCGUACAUGUUCAGUGUCCUCCCCUCCUCCUUUCCUCCUUCCCUUCUCCACUGCUGGCAUCCCCCACUCUGCAUCUCUCCAUCAGUGCAGCCGGGGACGUCUGCAUCUAUCACAGCUUCAGCAUCCUCCCCAUCCCCUCUCUGCAGCCAGCAUCCUCUCUUCUCUCUGAAACAUCCCUUGCUUCUCUCUCCUUUCUGCAGCAUCUCUCACUCCAUCCACACCAUCUGCAGUGUGAGUCAGCCAGCCAGGCACACCUCUCAUUUCUUUCUCCCCCUCCGUAGAAUCCUUACCCUGGGCUAGUAACUCUGCAGUCUCCCCCUCUUGCCUCCUCUCCCUUUGGCUAAGCAGCUGCGCCAGUCCCCCUCACUCCCUCCUCCACGGCAUCGGCUGUUUGGAGCACCAGACAUACACACAGGCAGGCUCCAUCUAUCCCCAGCCACGGAGUCCCUUCUCUGGGUAGCCGGGCUCCCGUUCCCCCACCUGAGGAUGAUGCUGUGGAUGAAGACGGAGGAGAUGGCCCUUGGAACGAUGCUAGAAAGACUCAGACUGGUCAUCCAAAAUGUUGAUGAGAUCAUGCAGCAGGAGAACAGCCCCCUCUGUGCCAUCGACAUCACCCCUGACCUUAGGAAGAAGUUUGCCUUCCUGUUAGGGGGCCGAGGGCAGAACGGCAGCCCCAUCAUCGUGUUCCCAGAGUUCUCUGCUUUCGGAGAGAUUCAAGAGAGGGAGUUCCACAACGUGCUCACUUACUUGACCAACGUUCCCAGUCUGUCUGCAGCAGGAGUGGGUUUCAUUCUGGUCAUUGACCGAAGGCAGGACCGAUGGGCUGCCGUCAAGGGGACCCUGCUCCGCAUCGCAGGUUCAUUCCCAGGGAACCUGCAGUUGGUUCUGGUAUUGAGGCCCACCACAUUAUUCCAGAGGACUCUAUCAGACAUCCUGUUCAAGUUCAACAGGGAUGAGUUCAAGAUGAAGGUGCCGGUGAUUAUGUUGAGUUCUGUGACUGAGCUUCACUCCUACAUAGACCAGACACAAUUGACUACUGAGCUGGGAGGAACGCAGGAGUACUGCCACGAGCAGUGGAUCUCACACCGUACCGACAUGGAGGGCUUUGCUUUGAUGGUGAAGAGAACAGCUCAGAUCCUGCAGUCGUUUGGGACAGAGCUAGCAGAGACUGAACUACCCAAUGACAUCCAGGCUACUGCAAACUUACUGAGAUCACACACUGACAAGAAAGACAAGAUGAAGGAGGAUCUACAUGUGGCUCUAGGACAGGGCAGCAGACUGUUGGAGAGUAUUAAUGAGCCAGUGGUCAGAGAUCCCGAUCACAACAGGAACCAGGGUGAACUGGAGAACCUGUCCACCGUACAGAGACUGUUGUCCCAGUUGGAUGAGACCGAGCGGGCGUGUGAUGAGUUCUGGGGGACACACCAGGCCAAGCUGGAGCAAUGUCUGCAGCUCCGCCACUUUGAACACAACUUCAGAGAGAUGAGAUGUCUGCUGGACCAGGUGGCAGAGAGAUUGACAGCUUUCUCAGAGGUGGGAAUUAACCCUGCCCAUGCUGAUCACAUCUUCUGCGACCUGAACAGCCACGAGGCGAGAGUCUUAGAGGUAUUGGACGAAGCCCAGGCUUUGGCCCGUGAGGGUGACGAGUUGAUCCAGAGCUCUCACUACGCUGAGGACUCCAUCCAGCCCAAAUGCAGCGAGCUCCGAGCCGUGAGCAAGGAACUUAGUUCCACCCUGAGAGCAAGGAAAGAUCACCUACUCAGAGCUAUGGAACUACACCACAAUCUGGAGAGGGCUGCUAAGUGGUGUGGUGAUGGCCUCUACCUGCUGGCCUCCCAGCCCGUGGACAAGUGUCAGUCACAUGAAGGGGCGGAGUCAGCGCUGCAGGAGAUGGAGCGUUACCUAGAUACGGCGGGACAGAACAAACUAACUGAUCCUAGCUCCAUCUACAGUGAUUACAAGACAGUGCUCAACCAGGACUUCAGGGACCAAAUAGAGAAAGUCUUUCAGAAACAGGUAUCCGUGCAGGAGAUGUUUGAGAAGAGGAUGGUCAGUCUGAAGAAGCUGGCAGCCAAACAGACCAGGCCAGUCCAGCCUGUGGCCCCAAGGCCUGAAGCCUUCAUCAAGUCCCCACUCUCCUCGCCAGCAAAGAGAGUGCUGGAGAAGAGUUGCUCAGAGGGAGACUCUGUGAAUGGGGUCAGCAGUGGAACAGUGGAGGGCCAGCUACAGAGCAGCAGAAGUACCUCACUGUCAGAGGAGGACGAGAACCUGGCCAUCCUCAGAAAACAUGUAAUGAAUGAGCUACUGGAGACAGAAAGGGGGUACGUGGAGGAACUGCACUGUGUCCUACAGGGCUAUGCCUCAGAGAUGGACAAUCCAGCCAUGGCCAGCCUCAUGCCCGCUCCUCUGCAGAACAAGAAAGAUGUGCUGUUUGGCAACAUGCCAGAGAUCUACACCUUCCACAAGAGGACCUUUCUGAGGGAGUUAGAAGAGUACCAAGGCUGCCCGGAACUUGUGGGUCGUUGUUUUCUGCUGAGGAUGACAGACCUGCAGAUCUAUGAGAAGUAUUGUCAGAAUAAACCUCGCUCUGAGAGCUUGUGGAGACAGUGCUCCGACUGCACCUUCUUCCAGGAAUGUCAGAAGAAGCUGGAACAUAAACUGGGCUUGGAUUCCUAUCUCCUGAAACCGGUCCAGAGGAUCACCAAAUACCAGCUCCUGUUGAAGGAGCUGCUAAAGUACAGUAAGGGCUGUGAGGGGUCAGAGGCCCUGCAGGAGGCGCUCACCUCUAUCCUGGGAAUCUUGAAGGCUGUCAAUGACUCCAUGCACCUCAUUGCUAUCACUGGAUACGAUGGUCACCUGGGUGACCUGGGCCGGCUGCUGAUGCAGGGGUCAUUCAGCGUGUGGACGGAACACAAGAAAGGUCACGCCAAGGUCAAGGACAUGGCCCGCUUCAAGCCUAUGCAGAGACACCUGUUCCUGCACGAGAAAGCCCUGCUCUUCUGUAAGAGACGGGAGGAGAACGGGGAAGGCUAUGAGAAAGCCCCCUCCUACAGCUUCAAACAGUCCCUUAGUAUGAGUGCUGUGGGCAUCACUGAGAACGCCAAGGGUGACAACAAGAAGUUUGAGGUCUGGUGCAACUCACGGGAGGAGGUGUACAUUGUGCAGGCCCCGACGACUGAGGUGAAAACGACGUGGGUGAACGAGAUCCGGAAGGUUCUGACAACACAGCUGGAGGCCUACAGAGAUCUCCCUGCAUGUCUUCCAGAAGCCAGCCAACAGAGGUCGUCAGACGGACUGUUCCAGUUCCCUCCUACCGCUGGAGAACCUGUCAGCCUCGGUUCAUUUAGAAGAGGGGAGAGGAGCAUGAAGGUGAAGAAGGGAGAACCCAGCAGCCCCGACGCUAACUCCUCCCCAAUAACCAAAGACGGGGCAGUGACCAGUCCUACCUCAGACAGAGCAGCAGUGGCUAAAAAGCGUUUUACCUUGCAGGGCUUCAGCAACUUCAGUAAAGACCUCUCACCUCCUGACAAAAAAAGCGUAACUUUACCCAGGAUGCCUCUCUCUCUGCCAGGAUCUCCCACAAGCCCUGGCCAUAAAACCAAACGUCAUGAGAUAAAGAGUGAUCCCACUCCGUUCGGCUUCAAAGGAUGGACCAAGGGCUCUCUCUCAUUGGACGCCAAUGAGGAGAAUGAUGGGUACUCUAGCACUGAAGAGCCCCUAACCUCCGACCCUGAGGACGAGGGGGGAAAGAAACUGUGUGCAGGGAAGUACACAGUGGUGUCUGACUAUGAGAAGUGCAGCACCCAGGAUCUGUCAGUCAAGAGUGGUGAAACAGUUCAACUGAUCAAGGAGGGAGAAGAUGGCCAGUGGUUUGUGAAGAAUCUGAAGACUAAGCAGGAGGGCUGGGUGGCUGCUGCCAACCUUUACACCCUGAUUGGAGAGUCCACGUCCUGCCAGUCUCUCACCAGCUCAGAGGGCAGUGGCUCAGGGAACCUCAGCACUUCAUCCAGCUGCUGUGAGACCAACACCAGCUCCUCUGACAUCAAGCCCUGAACCCUUCCCUGGCCACAUCAGGCCGCCCCUGGUCUCCGGAGCCGAACGCUACAGCACCAGAUGGUGGCUCCCCCAACAAAGCAGUACUUUCUCCCCCACCCAAAACCCAACUUUGCCUCUCCUUACCCAGAGGCAAGCCCCUGGAUUAGGAUGCUGGUCAGCCACUUCAAGAAAAUGCCAACUAAUGCCAAUGUUCCAGUGACCAGUCUAUAGAUAGUAGUGUCAUUGAUUAGAGAAUGGAUCUGGUGCCCUGGUGUAAUUGUAGAGACACAGUGCAGUGUUUGUAGAAAGAAGCUACAUUCAUCCAUCUAUCCACCCAUCCACGGGAUGAGCAAGUGGAGUAUGAGGUCUAGGAUUGAUAGAGAGUGAACUGUUCCUAGAUCUGACCGUCAGGUGUGCAAGCAGACCUGGGGCAGGCUAAUAUCAAUGGCACUACGGCAGACAAAAUGCUAUGGACAAGCUGGAACCUGGCAUAACCAAUAGAAUUUGAAUAGCAUUCUAUGAAUCUGAUCAGGUGUCAGUGAUGACAUGGAUCGUGCUGACCGUCUUGUUGUACUGUAGGCCUGUGUCACUGUUAUAAUUCUGUUGGUCCACAUCAUGGUACCUUUGACUGUCUAGAAAUAGACAAGAGUCUUCAUAUUUUUCAAAUAGAAAGUUAAUGUAAAUAAAAAAAGAUUAUAAAUGCAAUGAAUGUAAAGUAUACCUUGUUUAGCUUUUCAGAUUGUUGCUCGAUGAGUGUUACCAGUCACCUCAAACAUGUGACCAUGGAAGUAACCAGUAUGACCUAUGGUAGGCCUAUGACUAUCUUAUUGCCUGUUGGACAGUGAGGGGUAACUGUGUAUUUGAAAGCUGAGGGAUGUGAAUGACUAGUUAUGUACUUUGAUAAAGAUGUUAUUCUACAUAUUUAUAUCUCUGUAAUGUAAUCUCUCUCUACUCUUUCUAUCUUGCUUGGCCUUCCACCCCCUUGUCCUCUUAAUUAGCUUACCCUGUCCUACAACAUUAGUUUUGUAUGACUCAGACCACAGGAGGCUGCUGAGGGGAGGACUACUCAUAAAAAGGCCUGGAAUGUAAUGAAUGGAAUAGUAUCAAAUGCAUGGAAACCAUUUAUUCAGUUCCAGCCAUUACUUUGAAACUUGUCCUCCCCAAUUAAGGUGCCUCCAACCUCCUGUGAUUCCGACAGAGCAGUCACAGUAUUCACUGUUGGUUGUCCUCGUCAAAUAACUUUAUGAGAUCCCUUUUUCAUCCACUCCACCGGCUGUCCAGUCACAUGUAUUAAACAUGACUUGGGAUAUAGGCUGUCCAGUCACAUGUGUUAAACAUGACUUGGGAUAUAGGCUGUCCAGUCACAUGUGUUAAACAUGACUUGGGAUAUAGGCUGUCCAGUCACAUGUAUUAAACAUGACUUGGGAUAUAGGCUGUCCAGUCACAUGUAUUAAACAUGACUUGGGAUACAGGCUGUCCAGUCACAUGUGUUAAACAUGACUUGGGAUAUAGGCUGUCCAGUCACAUGUAUUAAAUAUGACUUGGGAUAUAGGCUGUCCAGUCACAUGUUAAACAUGACUUGGGAUAUAGGCUGUCCAGUCACAUGGGUUAAACAUGACUUGGGAUAUAGGCUGUCCAGUCACGUGUUAAACAUGACUUGGGAUAUAGGCUGUCCAGUCACGUGUUAAACAUGACUUGGGAUAUAGGCUGUCCAGUCACAUGUGUUAAACAUGACUUGGGAUAUAGGCUGUCCAGUCACAUGUAUUAAACAUGACUUGGGAUAUAGGCUGUCCAGUCACAUGUGUUAAACAUGACUUGGGAUAUAGGCUGUCCAGUCACGUGUGUUAAACAUGACUUGGGAUAUAGGCUGUCCAGUCACAUGUGUUAAACAUGACUUGGGAUAUAGGCUGUCCAGUCACAUGUGUUAAACAUGACUUGGGAUAUAGGCUGUCCAGUCACAUGUGUUAAACAUGACUUGGGAUAUAGGCUGUCCAGUCACAUGUGUUAAACAUGACUUGGGAUAUAGGCUGUCCAGUCACAUGUGUUAAACAUGACUUGGGAUAUAGGCUGUCCAGUCACAUGUGUUAAACAUGACUUGGGAUAUAGGCUGUCCAGUCACAUGUGUUAAACAUGACUUGGGAUAUAGGCUGUCCAGUCACAUGUGUUAAACAUGACUUGGGAUAUAGGCUGUCCAGUCACAUGUGUUAAACAUGACUUGAAAUAUAGGCUGUCCAGUCACAUGUGUUAAACAUGACUUGGGAUAUAGGCUGUCCAGUCACAUGUUAAACAUGACUUUGGAUGUAUGCUAGUCAUUUUACAGGCAUUUCUCCAUGUGUACUGUGAACUUUGCUCCUUUUGUUAAUAACUCAGUAUCCAGUAUAUAGUCUUAAAUUAUUUAUUGCUUUACAAUCAUUUAUAAAGAUAUUGUUUAUUACCUCACUAUUUUCUUUAAGAAAUCAGAAAUUCUGUCAGCAUUGUCUGUUUUUUUGUAUUAAAAAGGACUUUGUGUCAACUAAUGACGACCCUAAA